CCUGAAUUGGAAAGUUUUGAAAAAAAGAAGAAAAAAUAUUCAUUGCUAGAACGCAAAUUUAUUAAAUAAAUUAAUUUGAUGUCGAAAACGGACGAGAACGAUACAUAAAUUAGUGUUAACAUAUAGCUAUACAAAAAUGCUGUGGUUUAAUCUAGGAUUUAGUGAUUUUAUUAAGAAGAGAGUGUGUAAAUUUUUAUUAAAUCGUUACUUGGGACAAUUUUUUCAAGAAAAAUUAACAGUCGAUCAGAUAUGUCUCGAUUUAUACAACGGAAAAGGCUCUGUUUGUGAUGUGAAGUUAUGUUGUGAGACAAUUAACAGCUUAUUUGAAGCACAAGGAUGGGACUUUGAAAUAAAGAAUGGAGAAAUAGGAUCGCUUGCUGUCGACGUGCCAUGGAAUUGUCUUAUGUCGGAAGAUUCAGUUGUUGAAGUAAACGAUUUGUAUUUGUGUCUCCGACCACAUUCACGGACUAAAGAUGAUGGCACAACAAUGCUCGAGUCGAUGUGGAGCUCGAUGAGUAGUUCUAUGCAAUUAGCCCAAGAAUGUUUAGAGAAAAAUGAGGAUGUAGAAUUUGAGAUUCCACCAAAUUCAAACUUGGAAGGAUUGGAGAAAUUUGCACAAACUAUCGAUAACAUUUUGAUUCGCGUUAAAGUGAAACUUGUGGAUACAACGAUAAGAUUAGAAUAUCUUCCGACUGAUUCGACUUCAGGAGUUGCAAUAAUUAUUAAAAUUAAAAGUUUAGGCUAUCAAAAUGAAGCGAGAAAUGACGCACCAGAUAAAGAAGACAGCGACAAAAGUGACCAAAAAACAAUUGUCUUUUCAACACACGCAUCACAUUAUCUUACAUUAGAUGACAUUUCAUUUUAUUCGGAAGAGUUUAGAAUAGGAAAUAAAAAGGAUGCGACGAAAACAAAAAGUCGACAUAAUUCCACAGCAAAAUCGUCAGAAAAUAAUGAUGAAAGUGGCAAUGAAGAGAAUGAAUCGAGCUCAUUAGAUCCAUUUGCAAGUGCUAUAUCGAGUUUUUCACCCGACAAUGAAAUGUUUUAUAGUCAAAGUGCAUUAAGUGAUGGUGAAUCGAAUAAUAAACAAAAUAGGGAACUAGAUGAUAGCGAUGAUGAGGAAGGCGAGGAAAUUUAUCGGUCAGAAAUGAUAUUAAUGGGAGUCAUGAAUAAUCGUCAGGAAAUUAGAAUAAAUAUGAAAUUAGCAGAGAAUAUUGAUGGACCUAAAGUAUCGUUGGAAGUAAUGUUUGGAACACUUAUACUAUAUUUUACACCGCGCCAAUUUCAUAUGUUGCUUUUACUCUGUGAUAUUUUGCUCAAUGGUGAGGCAUUAGCAAAUAAUGAUGAUGAUAAUAAGAAGUUUUUGAAAGAAAAAUUACGAAUGCGGGAAGAAGAGAUGAAAAAGCAUAUACCUUCGUACGGUGGAAAUUUAUUGAAUCAUCCGACAUGGUCGGGGCUUCAACCAGGCGAGGAUUAUGACUGUGACUUGAAAGGAAUCCAAUAUAAUAAUUUACGUCCAGUCAGCAGUGAUUCAUUUUUAUCUUCUAGCAGUUCUAUGUCUAGUUCUAUGCAAUCGUCAGCUAGUCAAACGACAAACCAAUCAAAUCGACACAGAAGGGCUAUCGAAAGGGACCAGAAUGCUGACAUUUCUCAUUAUAAUAUACGAAUAGCUGGAAUUUAUGUUCUUUUACUUCAUGAUGACAUUUUAAUUCCUGAUUCUGAUCCUAAUAAUCUCUUUCCACUCAAUGAGCCUACGGUCGAUAAAUUAAGAUGUAAAUCUGAACACUUUUUCAACUACACAUCCAAUUUCAUCAGCACGUGUAGUACCAGUGAUUUAAACAAGAUCGGAGCAAUUUUCAACAAAGCCUGUGAUAGUAACCAUUUGAGAAUCAUGUUAGCGCCUAUAAUUUUAAGUGGUGAAGACAGACGAACUGAAAAAGGCAAUCGUACAAAACUUAAUUUAUCUAUAUCAAGAACUGAAUUAAAGGAAAUUCUCGAUGGAUUGACGUUGCCAAUAUUGGACUUUAGUCGUAAAGAUUCAACGUCAGAAAUAUCUAAGCAGCCUGAAAUGUCAAUAGCAAUUGAGAAAACAUUCUACAUAAUGAAAAGUUCGUCAGGAAGGCAGUACAUUGCUCCUAGAUUUAAUAUGGAAAUUUCACUCGGAAUUGAAACAGAAACGCAAUUUGCUUUCGACAUUUCUAUUUUUGAUCGCAUACAUGCGUUGUUUUCGUCGCCAUUUAUUUACUCAGCCAACUCAUCCAAUAAUGAUCAGGAUGUAUUUAGUGAACUUUCACCUAAUUCUCAGCGAAUUGUGCAAUCGAAGUCUGAAAUAAAAGUGCUGGCUGAGAACCUUAAACUUAUUUUAUUCUUUCCAAUCGUUGAUUUGAGGCCUCAUCAUGAUAAAGAUCGAUGUCCAUACUGGAAAAGAAAUGUUCGAUCAGACUUUCUUCAAAUUAAAUUCAAGGAAUUCAAACUGAAUUCAAUAUCCAGCAUUUAUGAUAUAAUUGCAACAGAAAUAAAAUUCUAUUACAGUGAGUCAGAGAAACACAAUCCAAUUUAUUUUGGUAAAGCUAGCAAUUUCGAAAAUACAACAAACAAACAUUAUCCGACGAAAGAAUAUCCACGCAUAAUCAUUCAAAUCCCAUCUGACUCACAAAUACAGGACAUGAAUGAAGAAUUUAUUCGAGAACAUCAGGACAAGAAAGAUGACUCGGAUAAUAGCGAUCCUACUUCCUAUGAAAGUAUCAAAAUCAAAAUGAAUCUCGAAAGAGAUUCAACUCCGUUUAGUAAAAAGAGAGUUUGUAGAGAAAGCGACACGCCUCACAAUAAAGGCGAUGAAGACGAAUCGGAAAUAUUACUUAUGCCUGGAGAUAAAGAAGAAAUGAAACAUUUCUGUGAUAAUGCAUUCAAAUUCUCAAAAAUUCAAGUUAAAUUGGAUCUUCCAAUCGUUGUGGUGCAGCUAAAGUCUAAACAUUUUUACGAAGUCUUUUACAAUCGUAUAAUAUCGGAUAUCCUAAUGUGGGAAUCUAGUGUCCCAAAAAAUAAACCACCGGAAGUAAUAGUGCCACAGAAGAAGCAACCAGAAUCUUUAAUGACUGCUGGAAUGAUGGAUUCGAUUUAUGCACCAUUUACAAUGUGUAAAAGUCAUAUAAAUUUUGAGUCCAGCUCUUCUGCCACUAAUUCCGAGAGUGAAAGUGAAAAUGAUCCAGUUUUUUAUUCGGUUUAUGAGAGAAGUAGUAAACAAAAGAGCAUGUUGAAGGAUAUUUAUCAAACAGAUUAUAGCAAUGCAAUAGCUUUAGAAUUAAAAAUUGGACAAGGAAUGGUCACGAUGUAUGCACCUGUUAGAGAUACUCAAAAUCACGUUAUUCCUGGUCAGCUUGGGGAGUUUGUUUUAAAGACAAAAUCCACAUCAAUAUUUAGCGUCAACAAUUAUCAUGGAAAUUCAAAUUUAGGAUAUUUUUGCAUACAGUCAGGAAAUUUGGAAGUUUAUCAUUGUGGAUUACUUCCAGUGCCAAUACAAAAUUCCCCAUUAAGAGAUUUAACUUGUUCGCUUCCCGCUUGGCUUAAUGCAACAAUUUAUCCAACACCUAGAAAUCUUAUACCUAAUGAUAAUAAAGUUACAUUUGAUCGUGAUAUGCUCUCGUUAGCGGUACAAAUAAAAUCAAAUCCUGAACAAGGAUUAAAGAGAGUAAAAGUAUCAGUAGGAAUUCAAAAUGCCACUUUAAGAUAUUUCUCAUCACUAACCGAACAUUUAUGGUUGACACAAAUAAUGGAUUUCUUUGAUGUUAAAGAAGACAUCGUUCAAGGAUAUACGCCUUAUACAAAUCUUACGGAACUUCAUUUGCAUUUAUGGAAUUCAUGUAUUGAUUAUAGACCAAAAAGAUAUCCAUUUAGGGCAAUUGCUAAUAUUGGAACAUUAAUGAUUAGUUCAAAUAUUGCAACAGGAAGUGUCGGUUGUACUCUACGAUUUGUGGCUGAAGAUGGAACUCUUUCAUUAGCCCCACAAGUUCUAGAAGAGAAGCAACAAGAUUGUAAUAAAAUAACUUCUUUACCGCACACAGAACUUGUUUGUGUAAUGGAAUUGGGAUUAUUUGAAAUAUCACUUAAACUUAGUGAUAAAGUCACGCCUCUAUCACCAAAAUAUGACCUUCGUGCUGCCAUUAAAGAUGUUCAUUUACGCACAUGUUCAGAUUCUGGUAAAGCAUUAUUAGAAUUCAUAAGUUAUUUAGCGUCGGAAGGAGAUUUAUAUGAAGAAAUUCAUUACGAUGAUGACCAAAGUGAAACUUCGAGUAUAAUGCAGACGAAUGAUGAUGAAUUGUUACUUAAAGGUUCAGAAAAUGAAAUUCCUGAAGUGACUGAAACACAACAAAAGCAUGUAAAUACAUUAAUGGCUGAUGCUAUGGAAGAAAGUAUUUAUAUACCAAGUCAAUCAAAUAUUGAAUCAGACGAGCCUGUCGAUCUUGGUGCUGAAGUUUUCUUCUUUCCCGAUGAGGACAGUAAGAAAGAUGCAAAGAAUAGUAAUCAAGCUGGUCCGAGUUAUUAUCGUAAAGCAGACAGUUAUAAACGUCGUUGUGCUAGUGAAGAUUCAAUAAGCAUCGACUCGUCAAGUUACCGUGAAGAUGAAGAAGUGUUUGUCAAGCGAUAUCAACCGAAAGAUGAAGAUUCAGGCAGUGUAAAUACAGAAAUGAGAGAAUUAUUGGAUUUCGAGAGGUCUGUAAUGAUUGGAAUGAAAGAACCAGAAGAAGAUUUUGAUCCUUUGCCACAAGUUGAGAUGGAUUUAGGGGACAUAACUAAAUAUGAUUUACCAAAGCAGGCACCAGAAACUGAGAAUAAGAAGAAAUAUUCAGACUCUGAUGAUGAUUUUUGCUUUGUUGCGGACGAAGAAAGGCCACAAUAUAAUGAAAUUCCAGUUCUACAGACCGACGAUCCAAUUAGAAUAGUCGAUAAUCACUUUAGUGCUCCAAAUGGCAAACCUGAUUUGUUAAAAGCUCCUUCAGACUUUCCAAUGGCAGUUCAACGUUAUACUUUAUGCGAAAUGUCAUUGGUAUGGCAUAUUUAUGGAGGACGUGACUUUGAUGAAAACGAUCGGAAAAAGGAACGCGAAGAAAGAGAAGAAUUGAACCGAAGAGCUUUCACAAACUACCCAAUGUCAGAAGUGUAUAAAAUGGGAGUCUCUUACACAAAAGGCUCACCGAGCCUAACCCUUGGUGGAAGUAGUCACUCAAAUAAAUUAACUUGGAAGACGCGUGGUGGAUAUUGCAGGAAACAUGAUGUUUUAAUGGAAAUUAAUCUAAAUAAAGUAAGAUUCUCGCAUGAAUUAUAUCCAACAACGACAGAACAAGCGUCGAGACAAGUUUUAUUAAUAACAGAAAUAGAAAUACGUGAUAAAUUGGCAAUAUCCAAUAUCAAUAAAUUUCUAUAUCAUCCAACUGUCGGUUUUCGAACGCGACAAGGCAAUAAUCAUAUGGUUGUUAUCAAAGCAUUACAUUUAAGACCAGACAGAGCAUUAAAGACACAAGAAUGCUGUUUGAGGAUUUCUUUGCUACCAAUUAGACUUAACAUUGAUCAAGAUUCAUUGCUGUUCAUGAUAAAUUUCUUUAAUGAAUUAAGUGGAGGAAGUGAUUUAAAUGAGACAAAAUCACAAGCUGUUGCAAAAGUUCAUCAACCUCCCGUUAUGAUGGUGGAAAUACCCGAUGCUGCACAAGAAUUGCAGGCACGAAAAAUGGUUUCGGAAAAUUUAAGUUUGCUAUUAAAUGAUGAGAACAAAGGUCCAAAAGAGACAUCUGAUACAACAAGUGAACAAGCACAAGCUGAUUCAUCACCAAUAUUCUUUAGACAAGUCAUAUUCAGUCCUGAUGUGCCGAUUAGACUUGAUUAUCAAGGAAAAAGAGUUGAAUUAUCUCAUGGUCCAUUAGCUGGUCUACUUAUGGGUUUGGGACAAUUACAAUGCUCCGAAAUUCGUUUAAAGAAAAUCUACAAUCGACAAGGAAUUUUAGGUGUUGAUCGCUUAAUUAACUUUUUGAUACAAGAAUGGCUUCAAGACAUCAAAAAACGUCAGCUGCCUAAAAUUCUUGGUGGAGUCGGUCCAAUGUAUUCACUUGUGCAACUAUUUCAAGGUAUAUUCGAUUUAUUUUAUUUACCAUUUGAACAAUACCAGAAAGAUGGUAGAAUUGUGAGGGGCAUUCAGCGUGGUGCUCAAAGUUUUACCGCAAGAACAGCACUAGCGGCUUUAGAGAUUACUUCACGAAUCAUUUAUUUGCUACAAAUAACCGCAGAAACUGCUUACGAUAUGGUUUCACCUGGACCUUCUGUUCGUCGACGUAUUAUGAGGAAAGGGAAACGAAAAAGAAUCAAUCCACCGCAGGACAUACGAGAAGGAAUGGCGAACGCAUACUAUAUAGUCAAAGACGGAAUCGGAGAUACAGCACAAACAAUAAUGCAAAUGGCUGCAUUAGAGCACGAUCAGAAAGGAUAUACAGGAGCUGUAGGUGCUGUAAUGAGACAAAUUCCACCGACAGUCGUUCGUCCUCUAGUUCUAGCGACACAAGCCUCACAUCAAGUACUUGGUGGACUUACAAGUCAAUUGAUUCCAGACGCUCGCAUCGAGGCGAAAGAAAAAUGGAAAGAUGACAAUGACAAUUAAUUACUUCAUCUUUUUAACUAUCUCAAAUCACUUUUAUGUUUAGCAUUUUAAGUUAUCAAGUUUAAUGUUUUGAAUGAAAAGAAAUUCUCAAAAUGAAUGAGAAUAGUGGAAGUAAGAAGGGCACCGAGAAGAUUUUUAAGGAAAAACAAAUGUAAAGAUUUUGUCAGGAAUUAUUCAAGAAUGGUAUGUAAAUUGGAAAUUUAAUAGAAGGGAAGGGAUCAUGAAAAAGAAAAAGAACUUCAAAUCAUGGUGACGGAAACUUAACUUUUUUUUAUUUAUUUCAAUUUCUUUUCUGUUUUGUGAUUCACGAGUUUGAUAUAAAAGUGCAUUGUGUCUUUUUAAUUUUUUUUUUUUUUGAAACAAAAAAGAACGUAGAGAAUUAUAUUUUAGCGCAUUUUCCAGUACUAGCGAAUAUGUUUUGUCUGUCUGUCUGUCUUCAACCUUAAAUGGUUCAUUAAAAAAUUAACG